UACACAGUGUUUACUUUUAAAUGUUGUUGCUUGUAACAUAGCAAUUUCAUGUGUUCCUUGUUCUCAGCUCAUCAAGACUUUGAUCAUUAGUGGCUGAAUGAAAGCAGGUGUGUUAGAACUGAAAACACUUAAAUGUGCAGGUCGUGGAGUCUUCUCUACUCUGGAAAGUGUGUGGAGUUCUGUUUGGGAUUAACACACCAAGGAAGUAAACUUAGCUCAUCUGGAAAUUUCUUCAAGACUUCAAGGGGGGAAAAACAGAUAAAGUUCCAGGAGUACUCAAGGCUGGCUGUUCAUUACUGGGAGGCAUGGCUCAGACUAACAGCUAUGGACAGAGCAGCAAUGGAGUAGCGGAUGAGUCUCCCAACAUGCUCGUCUACAGAAAAAUGGAGGACAUUAUUGCUCGAAUGCAGGAAGAGAAGAACGGCAUUCCCAUUCGCACAGUGAAGAGUUUUCUGUCCAAGAUUCCCAGUGUCUUUUCAGGUUCAGACAUUGUGCAAUGGAUGAUCAAAAACCUAGCCAUCGAAGAUCAAGUUGAGGCUCUUCACCUGGGAACUCUGAUGUCUGCACAUGGCUAUUUCUUUCCCAUCUCGGACCACGUGCUUACUUUGAAGGAUGACGGGACAUUUUAUAGAUUCCAGACUCCCUACUUUUGGCCUUCAAACUGCUGGGAACCAGAGAACACUGAUUAUGCUGUUUACCUCUGUAAGCGGACAAUGCAGAAUAAAGCCCGGCUGGAACUUGCUGACUACGAAGCUGAAAGUUUAGCACGGCUACAGAGGGCCUUUGCACGGAAAUGGGAAUUUAUAUUUAUGCAAGCAGAAGCACAAGCUAAAGUGGAUAAGAAACGGGACAAAAUCGAGCGGAAGAUUCUGGACAGUCAGGAGCGGGCAUUCUGGGAUGUGCACAGACCCGUGCCCGGCUGUGUGAAUACGACAGAAGCCGACAUCAAGAAAUCCUCCAGGAUGAAACAGCCUCACAAAACACGGAAGUCAGUUUAUGGUCUACAGAAUGACGUCCGUAGUCACAGUCCCACACACACCAGCACACCUGAGGUUAAGGAGCCCACUGAGGAGGAGCUACAGGAACUGAUACAGUAUUGGCAAGCGCAGUUGGACAGACAUCGAUUAAAAAUGUCUAAAGUUGCAGAAAGUUUGUUGAGCUACACAGAGCAGUACAUGGAGUACGACCCUUUUAUAACCUCACCUGAGCUAUCAAACCCCUGGAUCUCAGACGACACUGCUCUGUGGGAACUGGAAGCCAGUAAGGAGCCGGGUCAGCAGAGGGUGCGGAGGUGGGGUUUCAAUUUUGAUGAGGUUCUGAAGGAUCCUGUAGGGAGAGAACAGUUCCUGAAGUUCCUCGAAUCUGAAUUCAGCUCGGAGAACCUAUGUUUCUGGCUGGCCGUGCAGGAGCUUAAGAAGCGGCCGAUCCGUGAGGUGCCCAGUCGUGUGCAGGAGAUCUGGGACGAGUUUCUGGCCUCCGGAGCCCCGAGUGCCAUCAACCUCGACUCAAAGAGCUACGACAAGACCAUGCAGAAUGUCAAAGAUCCCGGACGCUACACGUUUGAAGAUGCUCAGGAGCACAUCUAUAAGCUGAUGAAGAGCGACUCGUACAGCCGCUUCAUUCGAUCCAGUGCCUACCAGGAGCUUUUACAGGCCAAGAAGAAGAAAAGCAAGAAUUUGUUCUGAAGAAGUGGGUGCUGGGACGUCAGAGCUACGAUCAUCAGGCCUCUAAUUUCCUGCAAAACUGCAUCACACCUCAUCUGGAGAAGAGGAGCAUGUGAUUUGUACAUUACUGUAAUCUACUGUGCUUCAUAAUAAACCCACACGGAGGUAGAGCCGUCGAGUCGUUGCAUGUCUGAUAAACUGAGGUAAAAGAUGGCUUUAUUUUCUUUCCAUUGUUCAUCAUAUGCUCAUGAAGAG